GCCCGGGCGGGGAGCGAUGGCUGAGUGCGGGCGGCUGGGAGAGCCGGGCUCGGCCGUGCUGGAACUGCCUCGCACGCCGCGGCUGGUGUGCGUGGAAUACCCGGGGCUGGUGCGGGACGUCGGGGCCAUGCUGCGGACGCUGGGAGGAGAGCAGGGGGUGUCGCGGAUCUAUGCGGACCCCGCCAAAAGGCUGGAGCUGUAUUUCCGCCCCAAGGACCCCUACUGCCAUCCCGUAUGUGCCAAUCGCUUCCCAACCUCCACCCUGCUGCUGAAGGUGAAGAGGAGGACCAAAAAGAAAAAGCAGUUGGAUACCAAAGAACAAAUCCAGCCUGAAGUCGAGUUUGAAAUGGAAAUUCUUGGGACUGUUGCGACUGUUUACAAAUUUCAAGGAAUGUCUGAUUUCCAGUACCUGGCAAUGCACUCUGGUUCUGAUGGAAAACAAACUUCCAUGUACAACAAAGUCCUAAUGCUCAAACCAGAGAAGGAAGAAUUUUUCAACAGAGAGUUACCACUCUACAUCCCACCACCAAUUUUCUCACGUCUGGACACUCCCAUUGACUAUUUUUAUCGGCCAGAUAUACAACACCGGGAAGGAUACAACAAUCCCCAGGUGUCUGGUGAGAACCUGAUUGGCCUCAGCAGGGCCCGUCGACCACACAAUGCUAUCUUUGUGAACUUUGAUGACAAAGAGGUCCCCGCUAAACCACUGGAUGCUGCUGUACAGACCUGGAAGAAAGUGUGCACAAAUCCUGUGGAUAAAAAGGUGGAGGAAGAGCUGAAAAAGCUCUUUGAAGUCCGUCCUGUCUGGUCUCGGAAUGCAGUGAAAGCCAAUAUCAGUGUCCACCCAGACAAGCUGAAACUUCUUUUGCCGUAUUUGGCCUAUUACAUGUUAACAGGUCCUUGGAGAAGCCUAUGGGUUAGGUUUGGGUAUGACCCCAGAAAACAUCCUGAAGCAAAGAUUUAUCAAGUACUGGACUUCCGAAUUCGCUGUGGAAUGAAAUAUGGUUACGCCUCUAAUGACAUGCCUGUGAAAGCAAAACGCAGUACAUAUAACUACAAUUUGCCCAUCACAGUCAAGAAGCCUGUAAGUCACACAGUAAGUGUACAUGAUCUGAAACAGGGGCUUGGUACACCCAGUGCCCUUGGUGCAAAAAAGACUGCCUCCAGCAGAUAUAAACUGAAGGAAUCCAUUUAUAUUUUCCAAGAAGGAGCCUUACCCCCUUAUCGGCAGAUGUUCUACCAGCUCUGUGAUUUGAAUGUAGAAAGGCUACAGAAAAUCAUCCAUCGUAAUGAUGGCACCGAGUCAGAAUGCACAGAGCGGGAUGGAUGGUGCGUUCCAAAGACUAGCGAUGAGCUGCGAGAUACCAUGUCUCUGAUGAUAAAGCAUAUAAUCAGAUCCACAAGACCUGCUCUUUUCUCAAAUAAAAGAAGCAGGGAAGAUAGUGAAGAGCAGCUGGCAUAUGAGUCUGCAGAGGAUGAGGAUGAUGAAGAGGAGGAAGAGGACUUCAAGCCUUCUGAUGGGAGUGAAAAUGAAAUGGAGACAGAAAUUCUGGACUACGUGUGAACUCGGGGAGCAGUCUGGCUGCUGCUCGACUAA